AUGCGCUUCACCACUAUCCUCAUUAUGGCCCUGACCAUGACCCUCGCAACUGCUGCCCCCGCGCCCCUCAAGGCUAAAGAGACCUGCACCCUCGAGUCUGCCUCCGAUGCCUCGCUCCUCGACUGCCUUGUUGGCUGGGAGCCCGUCCUCCGCAACGAUGUGCGUUUUACCUUUCCGUUUACCUUCACCGACUUCAUGUGA